UUUCCGUUUUGUUUUUGAUUCAGUACGAUAUUUCGGCUAAGAAAAAGUGCGUGAAACCGAAUCCCACUGAAAAGAAGCGCUUGGCUUCGGUCUUUGAAACUUCCGUUGUGCAAAAAAAAUAAAAACAUCUGUAAAGGUACGGCGGCUACUCUGCAGUUGUUUACGUCCAAACUACACGGCCAACUAUGCCCAAUAAAAAAAAGAAAUACAAUGCCAGAUUUCCGCCGGCAAGAAUUAAAAAGAUAAUGCAAACUGAUGAAGAUGUAGGCAAGGUUGCUGCUGCCGUACCUGUUAUCAUAUCCCGAGCUUUAGAACUCUUCAUUGAAUCGCUCAUUUUAAAAGCUAGUGAAACUACCCAAGCACGACAUGCGAAAACCUUGACAACGGCACAUAUUAAGCAAACUAUUGAAUCGGAAAAGAAGUUUGAUUUCCUUCGUGAUUUGGUUGUCAAUAUCACUGAUCACCAGACGGAAGAAGAAAUAGAAAGCAACGCUAAUUUGGCAGAAACCGGGAAAAAAUGUGGAAAGAUCACCGCAAAUCGUGGACCUCGGAAGAGGAAAGAUUCCCUUACAUGUGCCGAACUUCUUCGGACGAAAGAAAGAACGAUAUCAAAUGAUGUUCCGGAAGAUGAUAAUGACGAAACAGAUGAAGCAGACAGCGAUGAUACGGAUCAAACUGAAGAGAUAAGUAACGCUAGUAAAUGUCGGAUCAUUCCUCCUUCUAUUGCAGAUGAGACCCCACCUGUGCCCCAAACUAGCAGUAAUGGGUUUCCCCAGGUGAGUUCUUUACCACGAGCUCCUGUUUUAUUUCCUCCAACUUCUAUUCCCAGAGUAUUUACACCUGUACAUUUGAAAGGACAGCAACAAGAAGAUGAUGAUUACGAUACUUGAGCCUAAAUGACAAUCUGAAAACUUUCUUAGAUAUUCAUCUCCAGUCAUUUAUCACUGUUACUGUUUGUAUACAAAUAUCGAUCUCGGUUAGUGAUUGGACAAGCUAAAUUAUCAUCGCAUUUUAUGCUCUUUUAGAGUGAACACUCAUCUAUUUUUCAUCAGUUUCUUGGGGUUUUUGUUUUUUUCGUUUUUGUGAGUAAAAUUAACUUGAGUACUGUUUGAAAACUUUGUGAAGUUUGAAUCCUUUAAUCAGCUCACACUGUACACAGCACAAACGGUUCUCACUGAGUUCAGAAAAGCAUUUGCAAUUGUGUUCUUGUAAAAUAUCUGGUAUCAUUUAAGAAUAUUAUAUAUCCUGGAACUGGAUAUAUUUAUUAUAUUUAGGGGGAAAAAAUAUAGACUCCAAUACUUUCGUUCACCACACAUUUAAGAUCUCCAUUUCUUACCAUUAUAGUAUUUAUAUUGAGAAAUUCUAAGCAAAUACAUAAGACAUAACAUUUAAUUGUGUUCUUUGAAUUUUUUUUAAGAAAUUCUUUCAUAUUAAGGUGUAGCGCGUCUGUGAAAUGUGGUGCAUGAAGUUGCGCAUGUUUCUAUUUUGAUUGCGUGAUGUAAAGAAUUCUACCUGUAUGGAACUUAUUCAAAAUUAGGUAACUUGAAGAGCUUUUUUUCUUUUUUUUUUUUUUUUUUUUUUUCAUGCGUUUCAUAUGUAGAGGUGCUCACGAAUUUCACUCACAUUUCACAUCUGAUCAUCUUAAAUUGAAAUUAUUUGGAAGUCUAAGAACCUUAAAUCAAUUUUUUUUUUUUCAUAUUUUCUACAAUAUGUAUAUAUGAUGUUGAUUCACCUAAAUCCAUUUUUGCAUAAACAUCUCAAAAUAAAGCCUAUAUAUUCUCUUAACCUCUUUUGCCAUAACUCAAACAUACUGGUACACGGUGAUUAAAUUGUUUUGUCAUUUUAAGUCAACGGAAACACAUGUAUCUGUCAGGAUAAGCCAGUAACUCUCCAUUCUUAAAGCCUUUCUUUCCCUUCUCAAAUCUCUUGUAUCUAUACUUUGACAGCUUAUCUAUAUGAUGAAAAACGAGUUUACUUCUAAUUUUUUAAACCCCCCCCCUCUCCACUUCAUAAGUUUCAAGUUUAUCUUUGUAAAUUUAUGAGACAAAAAAAAAAUCAAAUUUUCAAGAGCAGAAAUUCAGAUAAAUUCUUUUUAGGUUUACUUAGAUAGGAUAUUGAAAAAUCAACUUUUUCUAGAAGUUUAGCAAAAAAAAAAACCUUUAUUCAAUGGUAUCAAUGUAGCAAAAAGGUUGAUGGGGGAGGAAUAUACCAAACUCCUUAUAUCACACAUUUUCAGCUGAUAAGCAAAACCAGUAAAUGCCACCUUUCUCAGUGCAUUAUUUCCGCACAUUAGAAAGGUGUCGGAUCUAAAGUUCUUCCAAUAUUUAUGACUUUUCUUGAAAAUAGUCGGUUGCCUUUAACUUGCUAAUUGAUUUCGAUUUGCACUGGCCUUGUUUUGAGGUUUACUGUUUAGCUAGUUUGUGUCACCUCUUAAUGUAUAAACAGCUGCUUGGUGAUUAACAGAAUUACAAGAAAUUGGGUCCUUUUUUCUUAAGUUACCUGUUAUUAAUUUUAGAUGUAGAUCAAAUCUUCUGCCUGUGGAUCAUUGUAAGCAAAAUAAACACUUAGAAUCUAGCUUCUUAAGGUUGCAAUAUAUAAAUUUGAUUUUCAUUUACAUACAUCAAGAGUAGGAUCUUUAAGGAGUGUUGCUACCAAAUGAUGUUACCUUCGUUGAAGUGUUAUCUCAACAUAAUCUUCAAAGGUAAUCAGAAAUUCUAUCACCAAAAGAACUAAUUUCAUCCAAGAAUGAAAUUAAUCUUCUUGACUGCACUUAUAGUGUGUUUAUUAAAUUUCAAGUCAAUAACUAUACUGAGUUCCUUCUUUGUCUCAGCAGCUUUUGAAACUUGAUCCUUUGUCUCAUUUGAAUAUCUGAUUGUGGCUGAGUUUAAAUAAUGAAGCACUUUUCUCUAACAUUCAACAGUAAUUGCUACCAAAUUAAAUUGUUUAGACUGUUUAACUCUCCUUGCAAAACAUUGUCAUCCAUAUCUCUGUAUUAUU